UAUGGUUCACCUAUUUAUAUGAUUUAGUGGUGUGUCUGGUGCAAAGGAUGGUAUAUGUAUGAGUAAAAGUAGAUUCUAUGGAAUUAAUAAUCAAGGCCUAAUUAAUUGAAAGUUAUGAUCAGUGAAGGUGGAAACCGAUGCCAUAAAACAGAGUUAUGUUUCUAAAAAAUAAGUCCUAAUGCUGAUCUUGAAUUUGAAUUACUCAUCGCGAUCGAAGUGGUAAGGCUUAAGGAAUCAACGUUUCUGAAUGGAGAAAAAUUCUUAAUAUACCUACGUGAUACACUGUGAAACUGUGAAGACUGAACAACUCGAUAUUACUUAUCGUUGAAGCUUACAUAGAAGUCAACUCGAAGAAAAUUUGAAGACUCGUUAUAAAGUAAAAUUCGUACCUUCAAAGGGAUGAUUGCUCGAAAGUAUUGAAUGUAUGUAAUAUAAACGUCAGAUGGAUUCUUAAAAAUGGAAAGUUAAAGCGAAGUGGUCAUAUGUGUGUAGAGGACGAUACUGGUACAUACCUAGCAGUGUACAGUCCGAACGGAAAACUAAGCGCGUCUCGCUCUAGUCCGUAGGAUUCGCGGUCGGACAGACCGCGGAAUGCCUAGUGUCCCGUGCAGCUGCAGCCAGAUAGCUCGAUGCUACGGCAUGGCCUACUGGGCGGCUUGGAAUCGAAGAUUUACAAACGCCAAGUUCGUAUAAAAUGGCGCUACCCUCAACCGAGAGUUCCUUAAUCCACGGCAAAGCUUCGCCGGGGUCCAGAGAUACGCCCGUUCAAAGAACAUGUACGUAGUCAGUGUCAACGGGUACCGUCUACGUACGUUCGUCUACCCUAAAUGUAUCCCCCGAGAGUCGAGUGUGGUGAAUUAUUUCACGCCACCUGCUAUAAUUGUAGUCAACGGACGAAGUGAAACGUCGAGGGAAAGCGUGAAAACUAGAAGCCGAGAGAGUCGAAACAGGACGAACUUUUCCUCCAUCUGAGCCUGGUUCUUCUCCUCGUCGUGUAACAUGGUCGUGUGUCGUCUCAUCGACAGUGCACAUCGGUAGACGGACGCACUCGCAUAUAACCUCUUUGCUGGUUCGGGUCCACCUUUGCAUCCACCGAAAUGUGAUUUCAGUUUAAACAUAAGAACAACACGCAAACAUCAUUGAAGAUGAGGAACGACAUUACGGACAUGCAUACAGCGACCGCUGAUAGCAGCACGGACGCCAUAUGGCUCGAGAAAAGGAGUCCGUCACAGACGGCGCCCGAUCAAGUGUCAUUCACUUUUGAUAAAGUUGUCGUCAAACAAGAACUUCCCGAUGAAGCGGAAAUCCGAGAAUUGGCUGCCAAAAUGGUGGAAGCAAACAAGGCGAAAAUGGUGAACGUGGUGCCAGGUGCACCGCAGCAACGGCCUCCGCAGUGUCUCCUAACGAAUAUUCCUAGCAUCUUAGGAUAUUUAAAUAAAAGGCCAGCCGACUCAUCGACUGGCGUCGCGGCGAAACCCCCUCCGACAGAAGGAAAACUACCACCCGACGACGAGAGUCAAAGAGGCAGAUUCGGAUGGACGAGUUUCGACGAUUGUCACAUACCGUACAUAUUUCGUUCCGGCGAGAAGUAUUGCGCAGUACGAAUCUUAGAAUCUAAGUUGCUGAACAAGUACCUGAGCUACCUGCACUCGGACAUCUACAGUUGCACGUGCAUAAGGAGUUACUACAUCACGGAGGCUGAAAGUAAACUGUUUACCGAGAUCAACGUGAAACACUGCGAGAAUCAGUUCGGUAGAGAACAAUUCACGUGUAAAGACUUGGUGGUGCGUCUUUCGGACGCGAAGGAGUUCUAUACGUUUCUCGAUGUGUGUUACACGAAACUAACAGCAGGUACGAAUCCUAACGUAACCAGCGGCCAGAAAGCCGAUAAAUGUGGUUUUAUUCGAAUAAACAAGGAAUCCGUGGUUCCUUACACCGUGAAAGACGGCCUUCAGUAUGUUCCCCUGUUUUAUUUCGAGGGCGAGACUGAGAAUCUGAAACUGAAGGCAGAGAAACUCGAAGGCUGGGACUUGUCGUAUUUGAAGUUUUGUUGCAAAGUACAGGGUAUACGUAAUGAACUGUUUGCGAGUGAGACAUGCUCGGUGAUUAGUUUAAAUGACAUUAAAAGUUACUUCCCCCCCGGUACGGGAUUCGAGGACUAUUGGCCGACCAAAGUAAUGGACUCUCAGUUGUUAGUGAAUAGCAAAGGUGGUGGUGGCGGUGGUGGCUGGACGAAACAACCUCCGACACCGCCGGCGACGAAACCCGUUUCUGUGCAAAAUAACGUGAAUAAAGCGACAAUUAACGCACGUGCUGCACCUAUGCAUAACAUGUUACCGCGUGGAACAGUUGCUAAUGCAUCUCAAGUACAACGUGGUGUCACUCAACCGAGGCCCGUUGCGACUACGCAUCCUGCGCAUUCUUCGCCGACGGCGCUUCCUACCGGAAGAUCGAAUAUUGUAACGCAACCAAUGUUGAAUACAGUGCAAAAUGUUAACGGAUGGACAGGGCUUGUUGGCGGUCAACCUACUUUCCAGACGGCACUCGUUUCUCAGGCAAAUUCCAUUAUACGGAUGCCGUCGUCCUUAAACAUGCACAAUCAAAUAUCUGCGCAACCAAAAAAUUAUUCACAACAAUCGAGUAGGAGUAGGGGGGGUGGUGGCAGUGCAGCAUCUCAGUAUCCUGGAGUAUAUCCAGUUACAACUAUGCAGACUGUUGCCCAAGCCCAACCACCCCCUCUUGUAAAAGCUACAGUUCAUUCGAGUCAACCUAAUCUUGGUUAUCCAACCUAUGGGAAGGAUGACUGGGUCACGUCCACGUAUACCACACCUACCUUAGGUGUACCUGUCACUGCAACUACAUACCCCCAAAUGCUUGGUCUAAGUGAGCAAGUGCAAGCUCUAAUGCCAUCCCCUACUUCAGCAUCCACAUUGUUGCACCUACAAAGGCAUACACCAUCUGUACAUAACACAUCUCAUGCAAAAUAUCCACCACCAUUAAUACCAGUUAAUGGUAGCAAUAAUAGUGCCAGAGAUUCUAGGGGUAGAAAACCUCUGAUACCAAUUCCAGAAACACAUAUAUCUGCCUGUCAAGUUCAACCUUAUCAAAUUCAAAAAGCGCUUGUCGAAGACAAAAUGGUACCUUGUAUUAAUUUCAAGCCAUACAUCUACUCUGAAUUGUUGAUGACACUUCCUGAUUUCGUCGCUCAGUAUUUUCCUGCCUGUGACAUCAAUAGUUGUCGACAAGUUCUUACAGACGUGUUGCAUAUAGACUUAUAUCAAGGAAAUAGGUUACAAAUGAAAAUGUUAAUAGAAGCGGGGAAAUGUUCAUCUCUAAAUGAAGAAUUACCUUUAAUACAAGUAAAAAGUAUAAUGAAGUACAUGCCCCAAUUAAAAUAUAUGUUCAACAGAGGAGAAAUAGUGAUGCCGGCACCAGCUCAUUCUUCUGAGGAACACCCAGCCAAAAAACGGCAACGCACCAGCUAGGACUGGCUACAGCCUUACUGGCCUACUUAUGACUAUUAUCAUUCGGCAUUUUAAAAAAGCCGAUUACUUUGACUCAUGUGUAACGAAACAGAAUUACCUGUUCUGAAGAAACAAAACACAGAUGAAUCUACAUUGACGUUAUGUGCCAGAAAAAAUGUGCACGAAACUGAAGGAUACCUUUUAUACGCAAGGAAUCUGUGACAUACCGUGAGCUACUUCUUUCUCCAAAGUGUAUCUAUGAGACGAAAGUCUGCUUGUAAAUAAAACUGAGAUGUAUAAAACUAGUGUUGCACAGUUGGCAAUUCGAAUAUGUUUUUAUAUUAAGAUUAACAACACAUUUCUCUGAUAUUUCGUUUGAAACUAAAAGUUUCAAAACAGAAUGAAGACAAGAACAGAAAAUAUCGUAAUUAUCAGUAAGACCAUUCCUCAUUUUUUAAUUUCAUUUAAUUUUUCUACCUCUGCUGCAGAGUAUCUUAUAUUUAGCAUUUCUUUGUAAAUAAAAUGAAAGUUCUAAUCUUAAUAUGUGAUCCGGAGAAAGAAAGUGCUGAUAUGCGUUUCAUUGAUGGACACAAAGUGGAAUAGGUGUAUUGUUUAAAAUUCACCUAUACUCCACGUUGAACGGAUAUCAAAAGUAAUUUGGCAUUUGUAUAUUUAAAGAGGUGGAAGUAAUGCUUCUUCAAGUUCCUAGCUAUGGCUAAUAUGUAUCCUGAUAACUAGCUGCAAAAUAAUUUAAAAAUGUUACUAAUUCACAACAGUGGUUUAAUAUAAAUUGUGACGUGAGUUUAGCAAAACUUAUUAGGUAAAACAUAAAUUUUGAAUGUUGGAAAAUUCUAUUUUCUAAAAUUCAAUUAUCAAGAACACCGUACACAGCGAUGCAGCUAAUUCUGUUCAGAUAUUGUCAGUGUGUAAAUAACAUAGUGAGACAAAGAUGCAGCUUAGGAUACCAUCAAGAAUAUGACGCAAAUUAACAAUCAAUGAGAUAUGUAUUAUAAGUACAAUCAUUCCAGAAAACGUGGACGAUAUGUAAUUCUGUUUUAAUUUUGUUAGAGCAUAUUGUUCCUUUAUGUUACGCUUAAUAAAGUAUUUUAAUUUUAUAACAAAUUCGUUGUUGGAGAAUUGUUUAUACAAACUUAGAAAUUCUUUUAAUAAUUCACUUAUUAUUUAGAAAUUCUAUACUUAAGUAUUUAACAAUGGUAAACAUAUCUCAUGAAUGUUAAUUUUCAAUAUUGAAAGACUUUUAUUUGCACAAAGAAAAAUUUGUAAUUAUUUGUCAUUUUUUGUAAGUGAAAAAUGAUGGAAAACUACUUUGAAGUCUGCAAAACUGUCAGAUCGUAGAACUUAUAAAGUCGCCUGAGAUGGUCUUCCGUUUUAAAUCUACAAUUUCACAUAUAGGUACAAACGUGAACUGAUUUAAAAGCAAUUAUUUAAUAUAAUUUUCUAUAUUUACUUCGAGGAAAAUGAACAAGUAGGAUACGACUAAUUAAUAAAAGUGAAAUCCAAUACGGCAUAUAAGUACACGGUUUCAACUGGUCCUGCUCUCAGAAAAGAGGCUGAAAUUAGUAUUACUGACUGAUUAACUUUCACAUUCGCUAUUAAUAUUACAUAAAAGAAACUAAGUGUGUAUAUGCAAAAAAAGGUGUGUAUGUAUAUAUGUAUGGAGAUAAUUAGUGAUAAAUUAAUGUUGACCAUCAUGGAUUUUCCAUAUAUGAUAAAGGCUUAGGCAUCCUGUUACGGUGGAAAUGGUAUAUUUUGUUAUUUAUAAAUUACAUUUAGUCAUAUCAUAACUUUCAAAGAUUCUAUUGCCAUUGAAAAGACUCUAUAUACCAUGGACUGGUGUCUACCCUUUUUCAAUAUUUAUAAAGGGAAACAAAUAACAAAAGAAAAAAAUAACACAAGAAAUUCCUAUACGAAAAGUAUUCACGUAUUUCAUGUUUACAUCUAAUAAUCUGCCAGCUUUAAAUUUUCAUAUUUUUUUUGGAAUAUUUCAUCGAAAGAUACCGAUGCGAUAAUUAUAUAACGAAAGCCGUUUGCAUUCGCAGGCACAUAGAUAAUUAAGGUAUUUUAUUUCGUUUAAUAAGCGAAGUAAAUUAUCAGUAAUGUUUUAUUAUUGCGUUGUUGUUAUUCCUUUGUUAAUUGCAUAUGCAUUGUUACGAAGAGAAAAAUUUAUUAUUUUUAUGGAUGAGUAAUUACAAAUGAGAUAUAAAAAAUGAUUGAAGGAAUGUAUGCUAUGGAGGACACAUAAAUAUGAAUUCGUCAAUGAAUAUUCCAAUUCGAAGAAUUUCUUGAAUUAUUUUGGUUAUAAUUCCAGUACAUAUGAUACUGUACAUUACUAAUUACACCCUAUUGCUACAAGGGGCAAGUAGAAUAAUAUAUU